GCUAAGUCAGUCCUAGCUGGUAUUGGCGUCGACAGUUGCUGAUCUGUGCAGUGGGCAGCAUGAGCAAGAUCGACUACUGCUUCAGCAAUGACUACAUGGUUCUUCGCCCGGACAGGGCCGGUCCUUUCGAUCUCCUGCACCUCCUCUUCUCGCCCAAGGUCGGCCGGAACAGGGCCGUGGACUGCUUCACCAGCACCGAGAUCCGCAGCUUCGUCCGGCGGCUGGCCAUCUUCCUCAACCUCCUCCUGCAGAUCGUCCUCCUCUCGCUCGCCGGCCCCGUGUCAGCCAUCGGCGCCGCCGUCGAGUUCGCGCUCAACUUCAUCGACAACAUCCUCCAGGGGAGGAUGGAGUACCCGGACAGAUCGUCGGCCACGUACCGUUCGCUGACGGGGCUGAUCGACGGGCGAGUCGACCUGGACAAGAGCAUCGCGCCGGCGGACAGCCGGUACCACGCGUCGCUGUGCGUGAUGGCGUCCAAGGUGGCGUACGAGAACGAGGCCUUCAUCCGCGACGUGGUCACCCAGCGGUGGCAGAUGGAGUUCGUCAAGUUCUUCGACUGCUGGAACGAGUUCGAGAACGCAUACACGGCGCAGGCGUUCGUGUUGUGGGCGCCGGACGCGGAGGUGGUGGUGGUGGCGUUCCGCGGGACGCCGGCGUUCGACACGGCGCGGUGGCGCGCGGACGUGGACCCGUCGUGGUACAAGGUGCCGCGGCUGGGGCGCGCGCACGCCGCCUACACGCACGCGCUGGGCGCGCAGCGCAACAUGGGGUGGCCCAAGUGGGUGGAGCACGUCAAAGGGAAGCCCAACAAGGUGUACGCCUACUACGCGAUCCGGAACGCGGUGAAGGAGAUCAUGGAGGCGAACGGGAAGGCGAGGCUGCUGGUGACCGGGCACGGGUCCGGCGGCGCGCUGGCGGUGCUGUUCGCGACGGUGGCGGCGUACCACAGGGAGAAGGCGGUGCUGGACCGGCUGGCCGGGGUGUACACGUUCGGGCAGCCGCGGGUCGGGGACGCCAUGCUCGCCAUGUUCGCGGAGCGGCACCUGGACAGGCCCAAGAAGCGGCACUUCCGGUUCGCGUACGCCGGCGACCCGCAGCCGAGGCUCCCCGCCGGCGAGAGCUCCCCCGCGCAUUUCAUGCACUUUGGGCUCUGCCUCCACUUCGACGUCUCCUACAACCUCAAGGUGUUCAUGGAGAUACCGGGCGAGGCGAGCGCCACCUCGUCGCCGGCGGGGUUCUUUGCGAGCCGCGUGAACGCGGCGCGGGAGCUGGGGCGGAGCGUGUACCUGGGGUACUGGAGGAGCGCCUACUUCCGGGAGGGCUGGGUGCUCCUGCUGAUGCGUGUCCUGGCGGUGGUGCUGCCCGGCCUGCCGUUCCACCGGGUGCACGACUACGUCAACGCCGUCGCGCUCGCCGCUCACAUUCCCAAGGACGAGUGAGAACGACUGAAGCUUCGGAACCCUAGCAUAUAACUAAACGAUGCACCACCCAAUUUGCAGAGAUGUUCAGUUCUGUAAUAUGCUGAGGCUGCCGAACUAGCCCCCUGCGUGACGUGAUACUAUCAACUGCAUCUUACGAUUAGCUCUGUAAUUUCCCUACUACUAAUGUAACACUUGUUGUGCUACUACUGAGCUGUGUAAAAAUGAAUAAUGAGUUCAAUAAAAAUAUGUAUUAAAUUAA